CUCGAACAUGGCGUGGGGACUAACCUUACGUUGGAUUUAGCAAUGAUUAACAGAGGAAUUGGCAACUACACGCAGAUGGUAUGGCAGUCUACAAAAGCUAUUGGUUGUGCGGUACAAAACUGUGGUGGGAUGUCCUUCGUUGUCUGCAAUUACAAUCCAAGCGGCAACAAAGUUUACAAUAAGAUAUACGAAGCGGGAACUCCAUGUUCGAAGUGUUCUGGUGCUUGCUCCAACAAUCUUUGCGUUAGUGGGUCUAAUGCAGCAGCUACUAAUGCUCCAACUAAACCAACAACGAUGGCAACAACAACAAAAGGUACACCUGAAAAGACUCCUGCAGCGCCUGCAACAGGUUUUGAGAAGCAAAAUCCAGAUCUUUGCUCGUCCAGUGGCGGUAUGACCGAUAAUGUGCGUGAGACAUUCCUAAACACUCAUAACGAGUUGAGAGCGUUGGUAGCUUCUGGAAAAGCUAAAGACGGACUUGGAGGUUAUGCACCACAAGCUGCGGGCAUGCCUAAGCUGACGUACGACUGCGAAGUUGAGAGGUAUGCCGUAGCGCAUGCAGCCAAAUGUCAAUUCAAGCAUUCGGACAAAAUAUCGAGAGCUAAUACCGGAGAAAACAUUUACAUGAGAAGUCCUCCUUACAGUAAAGCCAAGGCCGCCGAAGACGCUUCAAAAGCUUGGUUCAAUGAGCUGGAAAAAUUCGGCGUGGGAAACAACCUAACAUUGGACUCAGCAUUAUUCAACAGAGGUGUUGGGCAUUACACGCAAAUGGUAUGGCAGAAGACAAAAGCUAUUGGUUGUGCGGUUGCAGACUGCAAUGCUAUGUCUUUCGUUGUCUGCAAUUAUAAAGAAGCAGGAAACAUGCUUUAUGGUCAAAUCUACGAGAUAGGAAAACCAUGCACAAAGUGUCCUGGUAGUUGUUCCAACAAUCUUUGCGUCACUGGGUCAAGUGUUCCUGCGACCACUAAAAUGCAAACGACUAAAACAGCAAAAACAACAACAACUACCAAACCAAUAAAGACAACAACAACUACCAAACCAAUAACGACAACAACAACCACGCCAACGACGACAACGAAGACGAAAAUAACAAGUACGACUAAGGCUUCUACAAUCAUCACACCGGGUGUUUUCGAAAAGCAAAACGCGAAUCUUUGCCCGUCCGAUAGCGGUAUGACUGAUGAAGUGCGCCAGAAGUUUUUGGAUACUCACAAUAAGCUUAGAUCGUUGGCAGCCUCUGGAAAAGCUCCUGACGGUCUUGGAGGUUAUGCACCUCAAGCAGCAGCAAUGUUGAAAUUGAAGUACGACUGCCGGUUAGAAACAUACGCAACAAAUCACGCUACCAAGUGUCAGUGGGGACAUUCAAAACCUGAAACGAGGAACUCCGCCGGUGAAAACUUGUACAUGAGAAGUCCACCCUACAAAAGUACUGCGAGCGAGCAAAGCAAGGCAGCCCAAAAAGGAGUCGAAGCAUGGUUCACUGAGCUGUCUGCAUAUGGUGUGGGGCAAAAUCUCAGAUUGACCAAGGAGAUGAUGAACCGAGGUGUUGGGCAUUACACCCAGGUGGUAUGGCAAAAUACUAAGACAAUUGGCUGCGCCAUUAAGGACUGUGCGAGCUACAGUUAUGUCGUCUGCAACUAUGGAGAUGCAGGCAACUGGAUUAAUCAAGACAUUUACGAAAAAGGAACUCCA